AAUAUUCACCAAUCGCUUCAUAAGAUUUUUAGUUAUUAAAUAUUUAUUGCCAAAAAGAAUAAACGAAGAAAAAGCCUUUUCUUCUCUCUCGUUUUCGCGACAACCUUUUCCUCGAAGAAGAAGAAGAACGAGGUUUUCUCUCAGAGCUGCCAACCAUCGUUGCCCGGAGAUUUAAAAAACCUGUGAUAAAUCGUAACUGAGUGAGAGAUAUAUACACAUAUAUAUACACAGAGGGACAAGGAAAGAGAUUGGGAUAUGCGAGUGCGCAUCGGUUCUGUCGGAACGGCUAACUCGCUUGACCUAGGGUUUCGUCUUCCUUGUGCUUCGUGGUGAGUUCUAUAUUCCUCUCUCUCUUUUUACAAUGAUGAAUAGCUCUGAAAUUCGCCUAGGGUUUAUUAGUGGUAUUCAUUUGGUCAUCUGUCUUCAAUUUUUUAAUCACUUUUUGAAUUGAUCUUUGGAAUCUUAUUCAUUGAAUUGGCUUAAUCUCAUAUUAUUUGUCGUAUAGUUCUCCACAUGUGUUGAAUUUUGCUAGUUUUUUCUUCUUCUCAAUUUUAGGGUUUUGAUCCUGGACCUGGGAUUUGGUUGGCAUGAUUUUUAAAUAGAUGUACUCUAUAGUUUCUGAGAUUGGGAGAUUUUACAAUUUUUGUUGUCCUUUGUCUGUACCAUCAAUUUGAAAGUCGCUGUAUUCCUGUUAAUAUCAGUCACGGUCACUAGAAGGAGUUUUUCGAAUGGGAGAAAGAACCUUUUUGCUUUCUAACCGUGUUCUAUAUUUUUGGAGUUGUCAUAAGUAAAGCAGUAUGACGCUUGAAGAUUUCUUUACCCUAACAGAAAUAAAAGAUGGACUCACGGUCACUUCUCGUGUUGAAGAGCUUGUGUCUGUUAUGCAGAGUAAUAAGGAUUCAGUUUUGAAGAAUAGUGGUGAUGCUUUUAGACAAUGGACUGCUGUUGCAAGCACAAUUGCGGCUACAAAGAACAGAGAUUGUCUUGAUGUUUUUGUAAAUUUAGAUGGACUUGUUUACUUAAGUAGCUGGCUAGCUGAAGCUCAGAUGUUGGAUAACGAUUCAGUUGACAGAUCUGUAGAGGAGUCAAUUCUUGCUUUGUUAGAAGCUGUUGAAAAUCUAGGUGUAGACAGUUCCAAGUUAGUUUCUUCUGGGUUAUGGGUUGCUGUCAAGAAACUUGUGGACCAUGGUAGUUCUCGAGUUCAGGAUCAGGCGAGAAAGCUCUUUGGUAGCUGGAAGGAUAAGGAUGAUUAUGACCACUCUGAACAUGACAGUGAAAGCUGUAACAAAAUUCAUGAAGAUGAGAUGAGAGUUGUAGCAGCAAGCAUCGAGAGCAGUGGGCAAAAAUCUGCUGUUACACUUUGUUCGAUGCAAAGUACUAGUGAAAAACAUUGUCCUGAAAUAGCAGAUGAAGCCUUGCUAUCAGGAUGCUCAGAAGGAAACAUCCCAGAUCAAGAUAAGGGUUUGGGACUGCAGAACGACAAGGCUGGGUUUGUCUCGAACGUGAAUUCCCACUGCUCUAAUUCGAUGACUGAAACUUUCAAUGGUUCUUGUACCGAUGAUAUCAUGAAAGAGGUUCAAGAAAAACUUUCUGUGAAGGAAAAAAGCUCUAUGGGGGAGACAAGUGGCCCAACGACUUUUGGUACUAUGCCUACUGGGUCUAGUAGCCUACUUUAUUUAGAGCGUGAUAGUGCUGAAGGCCCAUCAAAUGCUCCACUGGAUGCUGAGAUACCCAAGGAAAAGCAGAUGGCAAACUAUUUUCUUGAAAAAUUGGGUGAAGCAGGGACAUCUAGUGCAGCAGGACACGUAGCUGUGUCUUCUGAUUCUAUUGUUGCCAGCAUGGAGUUGGAGAAAAAUAGUCUUUUGCAGAGUAGUCUUGAUUCAAAUGAGGUGAGCAAGAAUGUGUCUGGGACGAUAUGUGGGUCGCACGAUGUGAGCGUAGCCCAUAAUAGCAAACAGGUGUCUUCAUUGACUCAUAUGACGGACAAUCAAGAUUCUGACAAUUCAUCAAGAUUAUCAGGUGGCCUUGGUAGAAGUAGAAAAUUUGAGAGUGACAAUUUAACUGGUCUUGCUGACAAUGAAGGAAAAGAUGAUAUGGGUCAUUCUGACAAAAAGAGGAGAGUAAAACGGAGAAAAAAACGCAUCUCUUCUAGAUCAAUGACCAUAUCCCAGCGCCUUGGAGCAAUUGACAAAACAACUACUGAUAUUGAUCUUGGUAUUUUGGAUGCCUUGGAGGUCGCUACCAAAGUCGCACAGGAAGUCGCAAGAGAAGUGGACUCUGGAGAACCUUCUCAUAGUUCUUCAGAAGAACUAUCCGAUGAAAGCGGGCAGUCUGGUUCGCAAUACUCCCGCGAUGAUGAUGUACAUACAGGUUCUCCAUCUAAGGGAUUAUCAGUGACUGAAAACCAUUCCUUUGAGGAACCUCAUGUUGGAGAUGAUGAUCUAAUGGAUGAGAAAGAUGACAAACCUGAAAGUGGUGAUGUUGAAGAAAGACACCUAGCAACAGCUGCUAAAUCUGAAGUAGGCAGAGAGAAAAGCCCAUGUGGCUUUGAUCUUAAUCAAGAUAUAUGUCCUGAUGAAACAGAUGUCAUUAUGUCCUCCACAUCUACAACCCCUGCUCCUAUGUCUGUUUCAUUUUCUGUCUCAUCUUCUGCAAUGCCUGCAGCAGCACCGUGGCAUUUGGAAAGAUCUCUUAGCGGGAAAGGAUCAGCUGCUACGAGUGUAUUUCACUCAGCAUUACCUCAUAAAGUUCCUAGUGGGGAUUUAAGAGAAAAGCAGGUGAUUUCUCGUGGUAUCGAUCUGAACGUGGCUGAGGUAGGAGAUGAUCAAGUUGAAGAUCUUACUCCUUGGAAACAGUUUCCUUUCUCCUCAUCAAACUCUAGGGGUGGAGAGUCUUCACAUGAAGCCAGUCUGCGAGGAUCAAGCAAGUUCAACUUGGAUUUGAAUUGUAUGAACGAGGACGAUGAGAUGCCUCCACCUUCUGAGUCGAAGAUGGAAACAAGAUUGUUUUUAAGUCACAAUGGUCAGCAAAGCGCAUCACCUGUCUCCUCAUCGUCAGUUGCUCAACAAUCAGGCAAGGAAGUAAACUUUGAUUUGAAUGACAGGCCACAGUUUUUCAUUGAUUCACGUGAUCAGGGUCCCUACUAUGGGCGGCACCCAUGGAGUACAGCCUCCUAUGGGGGGCACAAAUUGGAAGAACCAGGUAUAUCUAUCUUGGGUACAAAAGUGGAAGCUGACAGAAAAGACUCUGUACCUCAGAUGGCUUCGUUCUUGUCCAAUGGCAAGUCCCUCGAGCCUGCAACAGGUUUACACAUGGGAAGAACGGGAAACUCUUUGGGUCUAGCCCCUGGUGUCUCCUUUUCUCCAGCCCCUAUGUAUGGCUACAACGGAUUGACUGGUCCUCCUGGUUUGUCAAUGUCAUCACCCAUGUAUGUUCCUGGAACUGCUAUUCCAUACAUGGUGGAUUCAAGAGGUACCCCAGUGAUGAUGCCGCAAAUAAUCGGAUCAGCGCCGUAUGUGCAGCCACCAUUCCCUCAACAACACAUGUUCAUGAGCUUGGCGGGUGGAUCGCCUAGUACGAAUGGAUCAAUGCGGCCAAACUUUGAUCAGAACUCUGGGUUUGGACUUGAGAUAGGAAACAGAGAGUCGCUAAAUUUGAGGCAGUUUCUAUCACCUUCACAAAGCGGGGCUAUGGGAGAGCAUUCAGGAGCAAAUGUAGAGCCCUCAUCGAGUUCUUCUAUCAGCAUUGGUGGAAAGCGAAAAGAGCCGGAGCCACGUUGGGAGUUUCCUCCAUGGAGGUGAGUGAUCUACAAAGUGGUGGAGAUGGGUUCUUGAAUAGGUUGAUGAAUUGAUUGAUUGGUCAAAGGAUGAUGACAAGUGUUUUGAGGUAACUUAUAAAGUGUCUUGCUGAACUUUUCCUUCUUUUUUUUUUAUUUCCUCAGUUUUCCCAUUUUUCAGGUUUUUUAUUUUAUUUCAUAACAUAUAGGAGGAUUAGUUCAAACAUUGGUAUAUGUCAAGCUUCUUUUUAACCUUGUUGGGUUUUUCUCCAUAAAUAAAUAUAUAGUUUUAAGAUACAGAAAAGG